GAAGUGCAGCUGACAAUCUUUAAGUUUGCUCACACUUUUUUCAUAUCUAUCCAUAUUUUUGCCAUGUCGUUUGCUCUGAGAAAACGUUCCUUCCCACUGGCUCGCGCGCUCGAAGGUGGAGCACGCAGGCAUCUUGGAGGCCUGGCAGCGUUCAAAACUCCUCCCGUCCGCAAUGAACCCAAUCCGUCGUAUGCCAAAGGCUCAGCAGAGCGGGCAAGACUUCAAGAUGCCAUCGACAAGCUCAAGAGCCAGGUUCCCGUCAAGGUUCCUUUGACUCUCAAUUCAAAACUGAUUCAAUCUUCUUCAGUUUGCACCCAGACCAAUCCGUCAGUACACAAGGAAGCGCUUGCAUCUUACUCUGAGGUCACUGCAGACCAAGUCAAGGAGGCGAUUGAAAAGGGAUUGGAGGCCAAACCUGCCUGGGAAAAUAUGUCCUUCACCAGCCGGGCCUCCAUCUUUUUGCGAGCAGCAGAAUUGGUCUCGACCAAAUAUCGCUACGACAUUAUGGCGGCCACCAUGUUGGGUCAAGGCAAGAACAUCUGGCAGGCAGAGAUUGACGCUGCUGCAGAGACGUGUGAUUUCUACCGUUUCAGCGUGCACUAUGCGUCGGAGCUUUACAAGCAGCAGAAUACCGUGAACGAGUCAGGAAUGUGGAACCGGUUGGAAUACCGUCCCCUUGAAGGCUUCGUCUAUGCCGUCAGUCCGUUCAACUUUACUGCCAUACCCGCCAAUUUGAUUUCUGCCCCAGCACUCAUGGGCAACGUCGUCAUCUGGAAGCCUUCCGACUACGCCAUCUAUUCCAACUAUCUGCAGAUGAAGAUUUUAGAGGAAGCCGGUCUGCCUCCAAAUGUCAUCCAGUUCCUUCCCGGCAAUCCCAAGACGGUGACUGAUGCAGUCUUGGAACAUCCCAAAUUUGGUGCCUUGCAUUACACCGGAUCGACCGAGGUUUUCCGAGACGUCUAUGGUCAAAUCUCUGAUGGUGUCCGAGCCGGACGCUACGACAGCUACCCUCGCAUUGUGGGAGAAACUGGCGGCAAGAACUUUGGAGUGGUUCAUAGCAGCGCGGACAUUCGGAACGCCGUCGUGCAUACGAUCCGGGGUGCCUUUGAAUACCAAGGCCAGAAGUGUUCCGCCACCUCUCGACUUUACGUGGCAGAGUCAGUGUGGCCGGCAUUCAAGGAGCAGUUGGUCAAGGAAACCGAGAAGCUCAAAAUGGGCAAACCAGAUCAAUUCGACAACUUCAUCGGGCCGGUCAUUCACCAACGGUCGUGGGAGAAGUUGAACAAAGUCAUCGAAGAGGCCAAGAAUGAUUCAACCGUGACCCUCCUCGCAGGUGGAAAGACGGACCGUGACGAGGGCUGGUUCAUCCAGCCAACCGUCUUCCAGACCCAGGAUCCUCACCAUUCCCUCAUGUCAACCGAACUCUUUGGUCCCAUCCUCUCCGUCUAUGCCUACCCGGAUAGCAAAUUCGAGGAGACUCUCUCGCUCGUCGAUUCAACGUCAAAGUUUGGCUUGACUGGUGCUGUCUUUGCCAAAGACCGUGCUGCCAUUGACACCGCCGAGAAGCUUUUGCGCCAGUCUGCAGGCAAUUUCUAUAUCAACAGCAAGAGCAGUGGUGCUGUUGUUGGCCACCAACCCUUUGGAGGCUCCAGAGCUAGUGGCACCAAUGACAAGGCGACCAGCGCCAACUUACUGUCUCGUUUUGUCAGCGUCAGAGGCAUCAAGGAGGAUUUCCAGUUGGCGGAUGAGAUUACAUAUCCUUCAAACGAGGUAUGAGCGUAGAAGAUAUGAUGGUAUAGCCUUUUCCGGAUUCAUUGUAUAGUACUAUUAGCGGGCAAAUGUUUCUUUUUGCAUUAUUUCAUGCGUAUAUAUAUGUUGGUUAUUCUGUAUCUAAAAAAUAGGGAAUAGUGAUG